CCUAUCGGCAAUUGUGCUUUGAGAAGAAGCUGUCAUUACAAAUGAUGCUGGAAUAGUGUGCAGAAGCCGAUUUAACAUGGAUGAAGACUCACUCAUUCGACUAGAGCAAGGGUCAGAGGAAGAGGUUUCUAAAGUGCUUACCCAGUUCAACGCAAAGAAUGCUCAGGUCUUUAACUUUCCAGAUAUUGACAAAGAAACAAAACAGCAAAUUGUUAAAGUAGCCCUUGCUCAUCUGAACGACCCCACAUACCAAGAAGCCUAUGUCCCCUUUCUAGAGACCCUGAGGAUUCUAAGCCGGGACAAAGCCGGUCUGGAAGCACUGACUACAGAUGAGCUGUUGAAGACAAUGGUAAAACUGGCUGGAUUAGAGUGCUUCUCUCAUGAAGAAGGUGAACAAGGAAAUGGACCCAGUCAACAAGGAAAUCCCCAAGUGGUCAUUGAAGCUCAGAAAUGUUUGUGUAAUCUCAUCUUUAACAGUUCCAGUGCCCAACGAAUAUGCUGCAACAAUGGUUGUGUGGAAGGCAUUGUUCAAAGAUUGAAAACUUACAAAGAUCCAGAACUUCAACAUGAAAUAAAGUUCUUCGACAUGAGAAUGUUGUUCUUGUUGACGGCCUUGUGUGCAGAUAUCAGACCAAAACUCCGCACAGAACUGCAUGGCUUAACAUAUCUGAUAGAGGUGCUUGAUCUCUGUCUCAAGGAUUCAGCUGAACAAGGUCUGCCCAUGUCUGAUGCCGAUGUGGACCUCUGUUGUGAAGUUCUCAAAAUACUCUUUAACCUGACAGUAUCUAUGGAUAGAUUUAAUAUAGAUGAAGAAGAAGAGGCACAUUGUCUGAGAUUAGUCAGUCUGCUUCAUGACCUCCUGGUUUGUAAAACUGUCACCCCAGAAAAAGGCGAAGAGCUUGUCAGCCACACGGUAAAUCUCCUGACCAACAUGCCACGUGCCAGCUAUGAGGAAUUGCUCACUCCAAUCAAUGAGGGAUCGUCUGCUGCUGCCUCUGGAGGAGCAGAAGAUAACAAGCUGGAGUAUGAUGGGAAUAAUGUGGAUGCUGUGGUCUCCUUACUACAAUUCUUGGACAGACGAUUAGAAAGGCAGUCUCACAAGAAUAUCAAAGAGAGCCUCACUCCCAUUCUCCACUGCAUGUGUGAGAUCUGCCGCGCAAAACCUGUGAUUCGCAAGUUUUGCCGCCUCAAGGUGCUACCAUAUUUAAAAGAUGAAGUAAAACAUUUGCCAGGAGAAGGAGAUACCUUAAGAAACAAAUUGUGUCGUCUGCUAACAUCGCCUAUCACAGAAAUAAAAGAGUUGGCUGCAGACUUUUUGUUUGUACUCUGCAAGGAAAAAGUUGGCCGGAUGGUGAAAUACACUGGGUAUGGCAAUGCAGCUGGUUUGCUGGCAAACCGUGGCCUAAUGUUGGGAGGCAGAGGAAGUGGGGAGUACUCAGAAUCCAGUGACUCUGACACAGAGGAGUAUUCUAGGCUAAGAGAUCAAGUCAAUCCAGUGACCGGGAGGUGGGAGAUGCCAAGGCCCAACCCAAUGGAAGGGAUGACUGAGGAACAAAAAGAAUAUGAAGCAGUAAAGCUGGCAAACCUCAUGGAGAAAUUAACACGGGAUGGAGUGAUACAGCCCAGUCGUAUUGGUGAGGAUGGUAGACCACAGCCCAUCGAGCAUGUCCUAGAGUUGACAGCAGGACUGGAGGCUGCACAGGGGCACAAUGAUGAUUCCGAUUCUGACUAGAAAACAUGAUGGUGAAAAGAAUAUGCAGAGAGAAUGAAGUAGUGUGUUACAUCGAAGUAAUACUUUGAGACUUCACAUUUAUUUUGUCAGAAAAAAAGAAAAAUGCACCAUUUGAAAGAAACUGACUUCAUGUCAGAUUUAAUCAUGGAAAUUGAGAUUGUCGCUGUUCUUGUUUCCUUCAUGGACAUGACUGAUCUCUCCUAUAGACCACUCUAGAAACUGGUAUCCAAGAAACACGCAAAAAAUAGUUUUUUUUGCCUACCAUUGUAAGAAGAAGGGUCAUUAUGGAAUUUUUAACAUCCACUUGUGGAUAACAGAUGUAAGAUUUGGUAUCUUUCUGUUAUCAUGGUUAAGAUGAGUAAAUUGCAGUUUCAAGAUCCUUGGAACAUUGUACAGGGGUGUUACAAUUACACCAAACUAAACAUUUAUAUAUAAUUGAGAACCCAGUGGCCACUUCUUUGUUGUUGUCGUAACUGGAUAUUGAAUUUUAGGAUUCAUUCGUAUAUUGUAUUCUUUAAAGAGUUGCUAUCAUCCCUCAGCUUUAACCAAGCACAAUAUACUAGUUCUCAUAAUAUUUCUUCUUUGUUUGUAAUGUUAAUAGAUAUACUGGUGAAGCCAGUAAAUUUCUGUUGUAAAAUCCUGCUUUAAUAUCAUGCUGUAAAUUUUAACUAUAGUACACCAGUAUUCAGAAAAUGGUUAAAGCAGUCAAUAUUUCUCUUACAAUCUUGUCUUAAAUUAGAAUGGAUAACCUUACAUUUGUUAAAUCUUAUCUUUCCUCGAGAGAAUUAGGUGAAACUUUAUUACAUUUCCAUUUGGGUUUGAAAAGAAACUCUUCAAACUAAAUUUUAUGCCAGCAGCUUACACGUUGAAAUCAAAUUGAAACUGCCUGUUACUUGCUUUUGCAUGUACUUAAAUUCUGUUGUUACCUAUAAGUCUGUUUUCUUGUAUUUUAUUUCUAGAGGUAAAUUUCUAUAGCAUAAUUUGCUUUAAAAUUUAUCCAUUUAUCUCAUGAUACCUAGAGCUUUUUUCGUUAAGAAUGUAAUGAAUUAUUUAUAAUUAAAAGUAGUGCUAUUUAUGUAGUAGACAUUCCUUUGUCU